UAGCACUGUUGUUUUGGUUUGAGGUUAGGAGCUCGAGUGCGCAGAUUUUCCGCGUCUUUCCAUUUUUCACUAAAUAAUUCGCUAAAAUUCGCAGUAAAUCAUGUCGAAAGCACAUCCUCCAGAGUUGAAAAAGUAUAUGGACAAGCGGCUUUCGCUAAAGCUGAACGGCGGGCGGGUGGUUUCCGGGAUUCUCCGCGGAUUUGACCCCUUCAUGAAUGUGGUACUCGAUGAAUCAAUCGAGGAAUGCAAGGACGGCACCCGCAACAAUAUCGGCAUGGUGGUUAUUCGCGGGAACAGCAUCAUCCUGGUGGAGGCGCUGGAUCGAAUAUAACAAGAGCGAACCUGUAAUUCCAUAAUAAAUAUAACUGCCAGCGUGUAUUUUCCAUACUCAUAGAA